AUUAUGGAGUUGCCACUCUCGGAUGCAUUUGCUCAAGUAAAGAACACUGAUUCAUUCGACAGUCUGGUGCUCAUCAUCGGUUCCGUAAAGAUCCCACAAGGCACUCAUGAGAGAGCUCCUAAAUGUCGCACCGGCUGGCAAAUCCGAACCAGGAGCUCAUGAAUCAGUCAUCAACAAGCUCAUCUCUGCAGUUUACUCCGGACCGACAAUCCAAGACAUAGAAAGCGCAUUGUCUGCGACCUUUCAACCCGAGCAUUCCUUUCCGUCUCCACGGUUGCCUGCACCAGAGAAGAGCUUUGGGAAGACGGAGAACAAGCGUACGCUUCUGAUGAAGGCUCGCGGGAUAGCGGACGAUGGUUACAAGUGGAGAAAGUACGGGCAGAAGUCCAUCAAGAACAGCCCCAAUCCAAGGAGUUACUAUCGAUGCACCAAUCCACGUUGUAACGCCAAGAAGCAAGUCGAGAGGUCCUUGGAAGAUCCAGAGAUGCUCCUAGUCACCUACGAAGGUCUCCACCUGCAUUACACCUCACAUUACCUCCUACCUCCGCCCCAACAAUGCGCAAACAAGCCAAAACUCCGGAUGACGAGCAUUCCUGCUGAGGCUCGAGAUCGUGCUAUGAAGGAGUCCCCGGCGCUAGGACCCCUGAUCUUACCAGAACACAAGAGUACCCACAUUGCAGAUGACAGUAUGCAGACACUCUUGGAGGAUGUCACGCGAGCGUCGGAAGGGCUGCUGGAAGAUGUCGUGCCCUUGCUGGUGAGGAAGCCAUGCGAUCCAGCCAACUAUCCGCACGAGUACAAUCUUUCAUCGGAAGAAUAUUCCCUGUCGUCUUCCACCCCUACAUGGAGCCCUAACUCUUCUUACCUCGACUUUGAUAUACUUUCAGGCAUUCUGUGAGCUAUGAUAUAGACUAUAUAUAUAGCAAAUUGGAUAUCGGAAGUCAGAAUGUGAUGUACCUGUAAUGUAAAUCAGCAAAUGUAUAAUAUGCUUAUAUGAAUUACAAAUUUACGAUAUACAUAUAUCGUUUAAAUC